UCACGUUUCCGUAAAUUUUUCUCCUGAUUCUCUUGCUGCGGGAUUUUGUUCUCGCCGUAUAUGAGAUUUUACAGUGUUAUUUAGUGUUAAUUUUUUUUUAGUCCUGUUAUUCUUUUGUCAAUAUAUGGCUUCUAAACAAAUGCCUGAGCGAGUAUUGAUAACGAAUACGAAAAGAAGAUCUAGGAUAAUCGUUUAAGGAUUUUUUUAUUAUGAUUUAUUGUGAUUAAAAUAAAAUGGACGUCAGAUUGGAUGAUAAACUGUCUGCAUUGCAGCAAAUAAACCAGCAUAAACUUGUGAGAAUACUGGAUAAUAUUCCAGGCACAAAAGAUCUGAUAAUAGAACAAAAAUUAAUGAAAAUACUGGAUAGUUUUGUAGGAGUGACUGUGUUAAAACGAUAUGGAGUAGAUAAGAUUUAUAAAAUGGAGGAAGGGCUGAAGCCAUCAAAUAGUCAACGUGUAUUCUUAGUAUCUAAUAGUUUGAUCGCGUGCAAGAGAGUUCUAGAUCAAAUACAUUCCGAAAUAUCUCCUAUUAGCAAACCACACGUCGAAUCAUGUCACCAUUUGCUGGUCGUGCCGUUCGUUCCUCCUGUGUUAUACAAUCUAGUCGAAGAGGAAGGUUUGGCUGAGCUGAUUACGUUGCGAACGUUAUCUAUAGAAUUUAUAAGACUGGAUGGAAACGUUUUAUCCUUGGAAAAUCCGAUGUUCAUCGAUCUUUACUAUCACAAAGACAUCAGUCUUCUGCGAGCAUUAGCUCGCAACCUGUGGUCAUUGCAGCUAAUACUCGGCUCGCCGAGACUCUCGCUUUUUCUUGGCAAGCACAGCCAGCAACUAAACAAAUUGAUGGAAACUAUGGAACAGAGUUUGGGCUCGUCUAGUCUGGAAAACGAGGUCGGCGCUCUGAUCGUGGUGGACAGGAGUUUCGAUCUGGUUACGACACUUUUGAUGCCCGUAACAUAUGCAGGCUUGUUAAACGAAGUCAUUGAAGUGAACGUCAGCACGGCGACGUUAGAAAAAUCUCAAACCAAAUUGGAUCCGAAUAAGGAUCAAAUCUAUGGGGAAGUAAGAGACACACCUUGCAGCGACGUUUUCCCAAUUCUACACGAGAAGGCUAAAUCACUUAAAUCCGAACAGGAGGCAAUACAGACAAUGAAAUUGUCAGAGAUGGAGAGAUAUGUGUCGACGAGAUUGCAAAAGACCAGAGAUAUGACUCGGCAAUUGGCAUUUCAUAUAUCCGCAUGCCAGGCUAUCGCGGAUAAACUAGGCUCCGAAUUUCAAGCCUUGCGAACGAUUGAGAAACUCAUGCUCGAUUGCAAAGAUCGAAAAGAAUGUCUGAACUAUAUUGAGAGAUAUAUGGACGAGCAAGAGCUACGAUGUUUACGUCUUCUGUGCUUGUUGUCUAUUACUACGGAUGGCAUUACACCGAGCGAGCUUGAAAAUAUCCAGAGACUUCAUCUUCAUACCCAUGGUUAUCAGCAUAUUCCGCUGUUUUACAAACUACAAACAGUUGGCUUACUAAAGCAUAGAAACGAAUACACUUUACAUAAGUUGCCCAACUGGAACAGCGAGUGGAGCAGCAACGCGCAAAAAUUGAAGAUAUUGCCUAGUUAUCUCAAACGAUCCGAUCAGAACAGUCGUACUUGUCCUAGUUAUGUGUUCAACAAUGCUUAUAUACCGGCGAUAGUAAGUAUUCCGUUCUUCCGUAUUAUAAAUCAUUCAAUAUAUAAUCGUGUGGAAUUAAUAUCACUUAACAUCUUACAGGCACAAAUACUAAAUAUCGUGUCGAAUCAGGAGAAAGAUCCUCGCAGCUUUGAGGAUUUGACGAACUUAUCAAACUGUGUCGUAAGUGGUCAAAAGGGUGCAUUAUCGCCAAAGAUGGUUGUUAUUUGCGUGAUAGGAGGUAUUACCUGCGCGGAAAUAGCGGCUUGCCGACUCGUAGAGAAAUCUAUGGGAAUACGUCUCGUUCUUGCGUCCGACACUAUUUUAACGGGUAACAAGUUGAUCCAGAGGAUACAAAAAAUAUGAAGAUUCACAUCUGACAUCCAUCAAGAAUGUAAAAAUAUUGUAAUCUUUUUGUAUAAUAGACAAAAGAUUGUACAUAUUUGUUUUACAAUACCUCUUCGCACAUAUGGCGAUUGCGGGAGAAAACGCGAGUAAUUCUGCAAUGUAUUAAUACAAUACGAUUGCUGUCUUUAUGUCA